GAAACUGGCAUUGAAGUUUCACCCAGACAAGAACCCGGACAACCCAGACGCGGCCGAAAAGUUUAAGGAAAUCAACAACGCUCACUCCAUCCUGAGCGACACCACCAAGAAGAACAUCUACGACAAAUACGGCUCGCUGGGGCUCUACGUCGCAGAGCAGUUCGGAGAGGAGAACGUCAACACCUACUUCGUUCUGUCCAGCUGGUGGGCGAAGGCCUUGUUCGUCUUCUGCUGCCUGUCCACAGGCUGUUAUUUCUGCUGUUGCCUGUGUUGCUGCUGUAACUGCUGCUGCGGUAAAUGUAAACCUCGGCCGCCUAUGGACCAGGAACCCGAGUUCUACGUCUCCCCCGAGGACCUGGAGGCCCAGAUGACCGCUGAUGAGAGAGAUGGCGGUGAGCCCAUCGUGAUGCAGCCGUCCACAGCCACAGAAACCACCCAGCUCACCUCUGAUGCCCACCAAAGCUACAGGACCGACGCAUACUAAACACACACACACACACAUAAAGCUCAGACCUUACAGUUAAUAGCAACAGUAUGAACCAGGAAUACACACACACACACACACACGGUUCCACCACAAUCACGUGACUGAUGAAGUCUCAACACCUUUCUUGUCAGUUCAUCUGUUAUUUUCUGUUCAUCUGCAGCAGUAAUUAUAAUAAUACACACACACACACACACACACACCAGCAAAUACUUCAUACGAUCACUCACAGUCAGCGUGAGCUCAACGGCUCAGCACAAACAUUUUUUAAAAACAUUUUUAAUUAUUGUGGAGUGAGGGAGGAAGAAAAAAUGAAGGAGGAAAACACUAGUUAGACAGAAUCCAUACAAAAGCAUGAGCGAUCUUCUUCAUAGUCACACAGCAAACAUGGAGUUCAGGCCAGUUUUAUUACCCAUAAUAUCAAAUAUCCUUGAUAACAAUCAUCAGUCAGAUGCAGCCAGAAGCACAGAAUUAAAAAGGGACAUUUACUAAAUGCAUAACAAGAUGGUUUUACCUGUAAGAAGAGGUAUGCACACAGAUUGUGAUGUUUUAUUUUUCCCAUUUCAAAAAUCAUUAGAAAGAAAAAGCAUAUUUCAGAUAUAUGCGUUUAUUUGUAUCUGUAUAGCACUUUUUUUACUUUUCACAUGCAAUCUGUGAUCUGCCGAUGUUCGCUAGUGUCCCCACGGACACAGCCCAAAAGUGUAUGAUGCACACUGUACACCUGGACCAUACGCACAACAGUUAAUAUAAGUAUAUGUAUAUAUUCUGCCCUCAAUGGUCGUUGAGACUAUACAGAGAUCUCCAGCUUUCAGUUAAUCAACUCACACAUUUCUAAAAGUGGAAACUUCUGCGAGGCAGAGUAAGAACCUUUUUAACACGUACAAAUGUUGUUUUUAUUGUCUAAAUCUUCUACUGGUGGAUGAAAACCAAAGUAAAUCACCUUUUAGCUCGCUGGGAAACACUUGUCGAGGUUUCUCUCUCAGCCCAACGCCAGCUGGAAGUAGGUCAGAGACCUUACGUCUAUAUGUUCAGUGAGCAGUGGCUAGGACUGGGCGGGGGUGUUUAUUUGUCCUGAAUACCCUCAUGAACAUCACCGCAGGAGCCCCUCUCAGUAUGGAGAGGAGCAGCUCACACUUCAACAGGUGCCGCGCUGGCAUCGACUGCCCCCCACUUAAAUCUGACAGAACGAUUGAAAGCGUAAAUCUGCUUCCGCUGGCUUUAUGCCCCUCUGAAGUAUUCUGAUUGGUUCAGCUGUGCAAGGGUGGUUAAUCAUAGGACGGCUCAGCUGAAACUGGUCACACAGAAACUGCUGGGACUGAAUCUUAAUCAGCUUUGACGUGUUACAAUGACAGAACAGAUAUCUGGAAAUCGACACCAGCCAGCAGACAAACAGUACAGCUACAUGUUAACUGUGAGGGGUGCGUUUCUUCAUCACAAAACAUCAAUCAAGCAAUAAUUUACUCUUAUUUCCUGAAAAAGUAAUGACAUUGCUUCAGUUUCCCAGUAGUAGCAGUAAUUGCAUCGCUUGUUAUUAACACUACUGUACGGUAGAUUUGCUGUGGACCUUCUCUUCCUCUCCUCCUUCACUUCUUCCUUCUUUUAUGUUUCACCUCGUUCCACGUAUGAAGGAUUGAGCUCGCAUCGAAAGCUGUAUGUGUGAGCCACUGCAGAGUCCAGUGUUAUUAGUAGAAACAUUAUGAGUACAUUAUAAGUACAUUAGCGUACGUUAGUGACCUCUUGCUGCCGUUGCAGACUUGCAGACAUACACACUGAUUGAGCCCCCUUUUUUUCUUUGUUUUUAGUUUUCAUUUUGUUUUGUGAGAAAGUAAAAAUGCUGUACACGUCGUGUGAACUGUAUGUUUAGAUUUUACGUCACUGUAUUUCUUCGAGUUGGUCAGAAGAUUUGAACACUUUCUUUCUUUCUUCUGUUUGUCUCUCUAGAACUGCUUUUUAUUGUAUUUGUUUUCUUAUUUAUGUUGAUAAUGAAGGGAGGAUAUUGAUAUCCAAAGUCUUAUUGUAGAUUACACAAUCCUUAUAGCAACAGAAGAGCAAUUUACAACAAUCACACUGAUUAGUUAGGGAAUCAUUUUCCAGAAUAACUUUUUUUUUUUGUAGUUCUUCUUUAUUUGUUGCUCACGAGUAGCACUCCAGCUGUGCUAUAGUAGAAAAUACAGGAACGUUGUGGUUGUUUUGUGUUUCAUUUUCAUUUUUGUAAAAAAAAAAACUAAAAAAAACAGGCUAAUUUAUUCUCUAUAUUUUCUUUGAUUCCUCAAUCAAACACUUUGUUCAUUAUGUAUUUAUACAUAUCAUGAGAAAGUGCAAUAAGAGUUAAAGAAGUAUUUCCCAUGGCUGUCCUCCACUUCCAAACGUACAAUCACAAAUUUCAACGGUUGUUUCAGGGAAUCUGCAGGUUCAUAAAAAGUCUAAAAAGAGACCUAAGUGGAGCUAAAUCAUGAAGGUCUUCACCAUCGAAUCCCACAAGUUAUUUCUUACAUCCGUACAAACCAGAGCUGUGAGUUAACACAUUCAAACAGAUCAGAACAGGCUGAUUUUAAUUCCUUGUUUGGGUUUUUAAGUUAGUUUUAAAUUUUGUCUUCCAGUUUUUAAUUCGGACUUCUGAUCCAACUGAUAAUUUAAGGACCCUUUAAAGGGUUUUUAUGAAACCUGCAGAUGUUCUCCUUUAACCACUUUUCUCUUUACUUGAUUAGUUUUUGUGCUUCAUGUCAUGUCACCACUGAAAUGCCACAUUGUUAAACCCAUUUCUGUUUCUCAUUUUUCCUCUUAUUGACCAAACAUGCACCAGUGUCUGAGUGAAUGCAGCGUGAAGCCUGAAAUACAUAAACCUGGAGUCAAGAAACUUCCAUUGUUAGAUCUAAAUAAUGACAUAAAUAACAAGAACUGAUGUAAGUGUGAAUAUAGCAACCAGAUGAUAAUAAUAUUGAAGCAUUAUUUUAUUUAUUUUAUUUUUGUUAUGUUUUUAAUAAUUGAUUUAAAGACUAGCUGGUAUGUCAAGGGGAUGUAUAGACUUUUAGAUGUGAACCAUUUUGACAAGGAAGUGGCAGAAUGGCAGACCUGCUGUAUAUACACGCAGUGGCACAGUACAUAGAGACGUAGAGGUUUUCUGUUUUUAGCAUGGACUGAUGUUUGCGUCUGUCAGACAGACGUGUGGGUAAAUGAAGUAUCUGAUGUACUGUUGUAAAAUAAAUGUUUCUGUUGCUUCAGAGUC